AUGGCAGAAGACCAUCGCAACAGGGGACCGCCACCAAGAAUCGAUCACAACGACGCAUCGCAGUAUCCUCUACCUCCGGGUGAAGAAGACGAACGGUCGCGAGCCAUACCUUACCACCCGCGGCCACAAAUGGCGACGGGAGCAGUGACUCUUCCGUCCAUUCAGGACCCUUAUGGUGCUUCGGGCCAUCCCCCGGGAAGGGGAUGGGAUCCGCGAGCUAACAGCUACGGGGCUUCUCCAAGUUCUACAAAUGGGUACCCGCCACCUCCAGGCAGCGUGCAGGCUCCUCAGCCCAGCUAUUCGCCUUCAAACGGUGCUGGGGGCUACCCUCCUCCUCAACCGCCUGGCCCUCAAUAUCUCCCUCCGGUCCAACCGCAUCCUCAGGACGCGAGAGCAGUCUACCCUCCUCCGCCAGAUCCAAGGGCGCAGCCGUAUUAUGCGGCGCAGCGUGGGCAGGUACCCUACAAUCCAGAUCCGUACCAAUUCGCAUACCGACCAGAUCGUGGGGGCCCGCCCGGAGCCUACCCGCCCGAAUACGUCCGCGGUCCAGGUGGUGCCGUAAUGCAGCAAUCUGCACCGCGUCAGAGGACUUCGAUCGCUUGUAGAUAUUGCAGGAGGCGGAAGAUACGUUGUAGUGGCUACCAAAAUUCACCGGGAGGCAAGUGCACAAACUGCAUCAAGAUGAAUCAGGAAUGCAUCUUUCAGCCGGUAUCUUCAUCUUCUUCGACAGCGUUUGUGCCGGUUUCAGCCCUCCCCAACGGCGUGCCGCCAGGGACGCAACUAUUCGGGGCAUAUGGACAACCAAUCAACGCGUCAGCAAAUCUACCACCUGGUGGCCCCUAUCAAUCGACGACCCCUCAGUAUGACCAGCCACUGCCGUCUCCUACGGGUUCUUUCAGCGCGUAUCCAGAGGACAGGGCAGAAGUAGGUAGAAGGCGUCCAAGACCACCUGAGGACGACCAUGGCGUUCGUUUGCCUCCCCCGAACACGUUUCCCGACGACAACCCUAGAAGGCGUUCACCCUCGUCAAGCAGCAGCCCCAGUCAUCUCGCUCCGUACCAGACUAUACCACCGCCGCAGCCGGCCCCGCAGCAUGCGUACGAUAACCGGACGCCUCCUCGAGGCAGUCCAUCGGGUGUGCCACCGAGUGGGACGUCGGUCAACUCUGUUAUGAGUCUGGGCAACAUAAUGGAUUCCGGACCUAGUCCUGGAAACGACAUUGAUCAAGGCAUGUUGGGCAGGCUGAAUCGUCGUGCCAAGUAG